AUGGUGGUAGAUUGCAUGACCAGGUCAUUUCAGGUCCCGCGCGGCAGCGAUGUGCCCCUCGAGAUCAAGAUUGCCGAACCGGCUCUUCGCGCCCAAGGCCUGAGUUUAACAACGUGGACGUCGUCCUUCGUACUCGCCAGUCUCUUGCACAAACUCCCUGUGGAAUUUCCUCCCUCGAGCAGUCCGAUCCAAGUACUGGAGCUUGGCGCUGGCACAGGGCUAGUUGGGUUGACCGCGGCAGCCCUGUGGAAUGUACCCGUUGUCCUUACUGACUUGGCACCUAUUGUACCGGGUCUAGCUGGGAAUGUCAAGCUGAACGAUUCUCUCGUCAAAGACAGGGUGCGGUGCGGCUCGCUGGACUGGGCCGCACCCCAUAAUCUGACCUUGCAGACGGGAGAGACCUAUUCCGCAGAUACGAGCAAAGCUUGGUUGAUCCUUGCGGCAGACACUGUGUACUCGGAGGAGCAUCCUGAGUUGUUAUCGAAGGCCAUUUUAAGAUGGCUUGACCGCGGAUCAUCUUCUCGGGUAAUCCUUACCUAUCCAUUGCGCGUGGCAUACUUGGAUCAGAUCCGGCAGUUAUGGGAGUUGUUGGAAGCGGGAGGUCUCGAGGCCAUUCAAGAAGGCCGCGAGCAGGCCAGUGCGGACGACUGGGACGAUGAAGGCCUGUGUGAAUGGAGUGUUUGGGCCUGGAAACGAAUCCAAGAGAAUGGAGAGUAG